CUUUUUUUUUUUCAAAUUUGACCGACACCCACAACGCGAAACACUCUUCACAUGUAAUAAACACACACACGCACACACGCACACACUCUCUCUUCAUUUACUACCCAAUACCAUCCCCCUCAAGCUUCGGAUCUUCUUUUCUUUCUUUUUCUUUAAUGGCGAUGUCUCCCAACUAUUUCUUCUUCCCGUUUUCUUCUCUUUCUUCUUCCUUGUAUUUCUUCUUCAGCUUCUUUUGAAUGUCCAUGGUUCUUUAUCAUGUGCUCCACCUCAACUGAUCCUCACCUCUAUACAGCUUCCAAUAUCAACUGCAACAACAACUACUACAAGACUAAAACAACAACCCCAAAAAUUAUAAACAAAAGAAGCUAGCAAUGGGUUACAGUAACAGAUCCUUUUCUCUUUCCAUGACUCGUUUGCUGCUCAAUGAGUUAGUCGUACUCGGUUUGAUCUUUGCUUCCACUCCAGCUCAAUGUGUCACUGAUUCUUCCGAUGUUCAAGCGCUUCAGGUUAUGUACACUUCAUUGAACAGCCCUUCAAAGUUAACAAAUUGGAAAACUAAUGGUGGUGAUCCAUGUGGAGAAUCAUGGGAAGGGGUUACCUGUGAGGGCUCAGCCGUCGUUUCUCUCGAUAUUUCUGGGUUAGGACUUUCUGGAACCAUGGGAUACUUGCUCUCUGAUCUUAUGUCUUUGAAAACACUUGAUUUGAGUAACAACAACCUUCAUGAUACAAUCCCCUACCAGUUGCCGCCGAAUGUUACGAGCGUGAAUCUUGCUGGUAACAACUUCAGUGGGAAUCUUCCUUAUUCCAUUUCUGCUAUGAUUACUCUCACUUACUUGAAUGUAAGCCAUAAUAUGCUCUCCCUCUCUGUUGGAGACUAUUUUGCUAAUCUUGCCAGACUCGGGACUUUGGAUCUUUCCUUCAACAACUUUAGUGGUGAUCUUCCUCUUUCAUUUAGCUCAUUGAGCAAUCUUUCUACACUGUAUAUGCAGAACAAUCAAUUGACUGGUUCUCUUAAUGUCCUUUCGGGUUUAUCUUUGACAACUCUAAAUGUUGCAAAGAACCACUUCAAUGGCUCAAUUCCUCAAGAGCUUUUUUCAAUCCCAACUUUUAUAUAUGAUGGCAACUCCUUUACCAAUGAACCCUCCCCUCCGGGUAGAUCUCAUAAUAAACAUAAUUCUGGAUCUGGAGGUCAUACAUCCCCGGGUUCUGAUGGUCAAUCAUCAGAUUCAGAUAAUGGACUAUCAGCCGGAAUUAUUGUAGGCAUAGUUCUUGGCUCUUUAUUACUUCUUCUUGUGGCAGUACUUGCUUUUGUUUUCUGCAUCCGCAAAAAUAAAAGAAAGGUGAGCGGUGCAAGAGCUUCAAGGGCAAAUCUUUCCGUUAGUACCGGCAAUGUACAUACCGAGACGCAAGAGCAGAGGGUGAAAAAUGUUGCUGCUGUUGUAGAUUUGAAACCCCUACAGGCAGAACCAGUAAUGGUUGAAAGGAUGUCCAAAAAUGGAUCUCUAAACAGAAUGAAAUCACCCAUCACUGCUACAUCAUAUACUGUUGCUUCCUUACAAACAGCAACUAAUAGUUUUAGUCAAGAAUAUCUUAUUGGUGAAGGUUCCCUUGGUCGUGUUUACAAGGCAGAGUUUCCGAAUGGAAAGACUAUGGCUAUAAAAAAAAUUGACAAUGCGGCAUUAUCAUUACAAGAGGAAGACAAUUUUCUGGAAGCUAUAUCCAGUAUGUCACGCUUGAGGCAUCCCAAUAUUGUUACAUUGGCUGGAUACUGUGCAGAGCAUGGACAACGUCUUCUGGUAUAUGAAUAUAUAGGAAACGGUAGUCUUCAUGAUAUGCUGCACUUUUCUGAUGAUGGUAGCAAGAUGUUAAGCUGGAAUGCACGUGUCAGAGUGGCACUUGGCACUGCCCGGGCCUUAGAGUACUUGCAUGAAGUGUGUUUGCCUUCAGUUGUACAUAGAAAUUUCAAGUCUGCAAACAUCUUACUUGAUGAAGAGCUCAAUCCUCACUUGUCAGACUGUGGUUUGGCUGCACUUACACCAAAUACCGAGAGACAGGUUUCAACACAGAUGGUUGGUUCAUUCGGUUAUAGUGCUCCCGAGUUUGCAUUGUCAGGAGUAUAUACUGUAAAGAGUGAUGUAUACAGUUUCGGGGUAGUGAUGUUGGAACUACUGACUGGUCGGAAGCCACUAGACAGUUCAAGGGUGAGAUCCGAGCAAUCGCUUGUGAGAUGGGCUACACCUCAACUACAUGAUAUAGAUGCCCUAGCAAAAAUGGUAGAUCCUGCACUAAAUGGCAUGUACCCCGUGAAAUCUCUGUCACGCUUUGCCGACAUCAUUGCUCUCUGUGUUCAGCCGGAACCCGAGUUUCGACCUCCCAUGUCUGAGGUUGUGCAAGCUUUAGUGAGGUUAGUGCAAAGAGCAAGCGUGGUCAAAAGGAGAUCAAGUGAUGAAUCCGGAUUUUCAUAUAGAACUCCAGAUCAUGAGAUUAUCGACAUGUCAUUUUGAGUGCGAGUUGAAACCAGAGAGAAUCAAACUCAAGAAAUGGAAAAAAGGAAAAAGGGAAAGGAAAAAGAGGUUCUGUAAUUAUAUCUCACAUUGUCAGAAAGUUCAUAGUUUACACUGCAAAUAUAUAGCUGUAUUAUUGGAACAUUAUGAUGCACAUUCACGUUUUGCAUCUUCUUAAUAAUAAUUAAAAAAAGGUUUUACUUUAA